CUAUAUAAAUGUUAUGUCAAACUCAUAUGAACCAUAUAUUCUCUAACAAUGUUUGUUUUAUUUCCAAUAGAAUCAAAUCCUGAUAAUAAUCCAGCAGAUGAAGUUUGGAGCCAGUCUGCAGCAGUGACUCUUUCUUCUGCUUUGACUGCAGCAGUUCUAAUGAUCAUGGUUUCAGUUAUUCUGGGAUUUAUAUACAGAAGACGUUCACAUCGAUCUGAAACAUCUGGAUCAUCUGCUGCUGAUAUUGGUGAAGACAACACAGGUGAUAUGUACACACGUCUCCAGCGGCCAACAACAGACAUCUACCAAACUGUUUCAUCAGCAAGAAAAUAAAUCAAACUCGGCUAACGACAUCAUGACCGACGACCUGGAACAUCUGGAAAGGCACAGGAAUUCACCUCUUGUGAAAUCGAUCAGGAAAGGAUCUGAUUUCACUCCAAUCUGCACCAACGAAACAUCAAAUAUCAUCAUAUUGAUCAUUUGUAAGAUCAGAACAAAGGGGAACAAUGGAGAGGAGUGCAAUCUGCGGUAUAAGAACGGAGGUGACUUUGUUCAUGAGUGUGACUCCAGGUUCUCACUGAAACCCAGGAAUCAAACUGUGUUUCUGCACCUGACCAGUUUAACAGCAGCUGAUAGUGGGAACUACUCCUGUGAGUGUUCAAAUAUUCAUGGAACGCAUUUUCUUAAUCUCAGAAUCACAGUUAAUGAUUCGAAUCCCGACGAUCAUUCAUCAGAGGAAGUUUUCAGUCAAUCUGGAGUGAUUCUUACUUCUGCUGCAGUUCUCCUACUUAUCAAAGUUUCAGUCAUCCUGGUAUUUAUUCACAGAAGACAUUCACUAAGAUCCAAAACAUCUGGAUCAUCUUUUCAUGGAUCAGCUGCCACUAUAGAUGACGAUAACUCGAAUGAGCUGUACGUAAAUCUCCAGCGGCCAUCCAGAGACCUCUAUCAAACCGUCUCCUUAAACUCUGCCAAGAAGAAAGUCACCCGCGGCCUGGAAAAACUGGGAAAGAGCAGGAAUAUUUAUGAAAACUGAAAAUCUGUCAGGAUAGAUACAGUUUGAUUUACAUCAGGCUGAAUUUUCUUAUGACUUACUGUUUUAAUUUACCUCUUUGUGUGGACAGAAUCAAGUUCAUUCUCACGUUAUUGACUAUUAGGAACAGAAAGUGCCAUUUCUGUCUUUGCAAAGCUGUUAAAACACUAUUAGUGCAUUUGCUGCAUGGGACUUAUGUACAUAUAAAAUGUGCUUAUUAUUUGUGUAUUAGUAUGUUAUGUUUUUCAUUUCUCUUGCUUGAAAACGUAUGUGUUAUAGGACAUCACUGAUCUGCAGUGGUGUCCAAACGUUUUUGUCAUGAUGGCCAAAGUCAUCUGAGUGACAAAAACUCUCAGCCAAAAAUACAUUUUAAGAAAAUGCAUAAGAAUUCCUUUAAGUUUGUCUUGCUUUUGUCUUUUAUUGAAACAUUAAGGCAGUCUAUUUUGUUGUUUUUGUUGGACUAAAAAAUGGGCCCAUUUUACAUCAACCUGCAGCAGGGAGGUGUCUUCUCUUUGCAACUCACAUUCAACACUGUAAAACUGUCAAGACCACAAAGCAAACAUGACAUUUAGAUCUUCUAUCAUGACAACAGGCUGUCAUGCCACCAGCUUUGUUCUGGUGUAAGAUGGUGGCUUUGCCAGAACAAAGGAAAACGUGUGAAAAACAUGUUUUCUGUGUGCAGAAAACAUGUUUACAAUCGCAGAGAAUAGUUGAUUGUUUUGGUUUUAAGCAAA